AUGGACACAAGUGAAACGGGUAAAGUGUUAUUUUAUCCGCCAAAGACGAAUCGUUUUCAAUUCGAGUCACCAAAAUGUGCAUUCUGUAAACAAAAUGUUUAUGCAGCCGAGGAAGUUAGUGCAGCUGGAAAAAAAUAUCACAAAUUAUGUUGUAAAUGCACACAUUGUGGCAAAUUACUUAAUUCACAAAAUUUAACUGAACAUGAUGAAAUGCUUUAUUGUAAAUCUUGUUACAGCAAAUCAUUUGGUCCAAAAGGCUAUGGACACGGAGUUGGUGCUGGGAUUUUGAGUAUGGAUGGUACGAAAACACAAUCUUUUACAUCACCAAUAACAUCACAAUCAAACUCGGCUUCGUCAUCUCCUCCAACAACACGACAUGAAAAUGAUGAUUUUCGAGUUGCAAAUUCAUUGAAUAACAAUGAACCGCAAUUAUUCAACAUGAAUUCACAUUCGUUAAAUUCGAAUGGCAAUCGAGCACCAAGUUUACAGACGCAACCGUCUAGUUCGUUUUCAUCACUUCACAAACGAACCAUUUGUCACAGAUGUGCCAAAACGGUGUAUUUAGCCGAAGAAGUUAAAGCGGCUGGAGAGUCAUUUCACAAAUUAUGUUUUACAUGUAAAAUGUGUAACAAAGGACUAAAUGGAGCAAGAUAUAACGACAGAGAACAAGAAAUUUAUUGUCAAAGUUGUUACCAGAAAAAUUGGGGUCCACGAGGCGUUGGUUUCGGCGUAGGAGCAGGUGUUCUCUCCACCAAUGGGGAUUAA